CAGGAUGGCCUGUUUCCCACGGCCGCCAACCUCUUCCCCCAAAGCUGCACUGAGAAUCCGGUCAGGGACUUUGAACUGCCAGACCUGCCUCUUGGACAAGAAGAAGUCCCAAACGAAGAUCCUGUUAUAAUAAUUCACACAAAAAAAAUCAACAUGUCACGUGCCACGCCAUUUAAGAUGAGAUUCGUUCAUUUGGACCUUAAAGGAGCACCUCCGAAAGUUUCGUACCUCUCUGAGAGGCUGACCUCAUCUCCAGAGCUGCUCUCGGCGCCCCCUGCUGCUAGAGCACACAGGCUCUAGCAUUAGGCCCCUCUGGCCUGGCUCCAGGAUGACUCCCAGCUGGCACAAGUUCUCCCUGGGCUGAACCACUGGAAUUCAUUUUUCUUUGGUAACAACUGUUGAAUGGCACAUUACAGUCCUGUGCUAAAUAGGUUUUUCCCUUAUUCCAUGCACUCGGUGCAAAUGGUCUCCUCCUUGAGUAUGAAGACAUGUUUCCCUACGAGGGCCGCCUGCUGCUGCUGAGGGCCAAACAUGCGUACAGCCCCUCUGAAGUUGCAGAGAUCUUGCGCCUGGCCGAGCUCAGUGAGCUGGAAGUGGUUCCCUUGGUGCAGACGUUUGGACACAUGGAGUUUGUGCUAAAGCAUGCAGAAUUUGCACACCUCCGUGAAGUGGCUCUCUUCCCCAACACCCUGAACCCUCAUGAGGCUGAGUCGCUAGCAUUGGUAAAAGAUAUGAUUGACCAGAUCAUGGCGCUACACAGGGGUGUCCGGUGGCUCCACAUUGGCUGUGAUGAGGUCUACUACUUGGGCGAGGGGGAGACCUCAAAACAGUGGCUACAGCAGGAACAGAACAGCCUUGCGAAAUUGUGUCUGUCCCACGUGCAGGCAGUAGCCAGCCAUGUGCUGGCACAGCACCCUGGCACGACACCCUUGGUGUGGGAUGACAUGCUACGGGACAUCCCCCAGGAACAGCUAAAAGCAUCUGGGGUACCUCAUCUGGUAGAGCCCGUGCUCUGGGACUAUGGAGCUGACCUGGAUGUCCACAGCAAAAUCUUCCUCAUGGGAAAGUACCAGGAGUGUGGCUUCCAGAGGCUGUGGGCUGCCAGUGCCUUCAAGGGGGCCACAGGGGCGAGUCAGGCCCUGCCGCCUAUAGAGCACCAUGUUAGAAACCAUGAGCAGUGGCUCCAGGUGGCAGUCAGUGGGCCAGUGGAUACUCUGCAAGGAAUCAUUCUGACUGGCUGGCAGAGGUACGACCACUUCUCUGUGCUGUGUGAGCUGCUUCCUGUGGGAAUCCCUUCUCUGGCUGCCUGUCUACAGUCACUUGUGCAUGGAGGCUUUGCUGGGGAUGUUAAGCAGAGAGUGGAGCACUUCCUUGGGGUUUCAAGCCUGGAAAUACUGGAUACUGUGAGUGAGGGAGCUGGCUCCUUCCCUGGCAGUGACAUCCAUGCCCUCGUCACACAAGUCAGCCUCCACCUGCGCAGCUCUGUGGAUACACUUCUGGAAAGGAACAGGUAUGUCACUGGCUGGUUCAGCCCCUACCACCGCAGGCGGAAGCUCAUCCACCCGGUUAUGAUCCAGCACAUACAGCCAGAGGCACUCAGCCUUCUAAGCAGGUGGAGCAGCCUUGUGCAGCAGCUGGAGGCGGCCCUGCAGCUGGCCUUCUACCCGGACACCAUAGAGGAGUGGCUGGAGGAGAACGUGCUUCCGAGUAUGCAGCGACUGCAGGGUCUGCUGCAGGACCUGGGUGAGGCGGCUGCCCCACUGCUGCCACCCCCCAGCUCAGAACCCCUGAGGGGCUGGGGCCCUGCAUAUCAGCCUGGACAACACCAAGACUCCUGCUGAGCCCUGGACAUCUGUGCAGACAGGCUCCCAAACUGUAAAUAGUAACCUUAGGCAAAGCAGAACCCAGAAAAGGCACAUGAAGACUCAUUUGCAAUUUGCAUGUAGAGCUUUAUUAUGAAAUAAAAAGACCAGCAGAAGCAGGAGCCCCACUAGCAGAAACCUGAAUCAGCUUCUUGCCACUACCUGGCUCUAGGGGGCUUUGUUCCUUCACCCAGGAAUGAGUCCCAGCACUGGGAAAUACAGGAAGGGGAUAGGACAGCACCCAAGAGACAGACUCCCCCCUUGUCUAAAGUACCUUACAAGCCUGUAGGCAACAAGUCAAAACGCAACAGCUUUUCA